UUGAUUUACUCAAUAUUUGACAUUUACUACACUUCCCCUAUUGUCACCAAUGUACCCUCCCAUGAGAUUACCAGUGGAAUUGCUCCGGCCAAGCGUUUGGUGAUUUUCACGGCAGAUGGUUUACGCUCUGAUACAUUCGCUCGUCACCCUGAGAAAUCACCAUUUUUACAUUCGCUUAUUAGAGAACGAAAGGGUGUUUACGCAAUUUCUCGUAGCCACGUACCAACAGAAUCACGACCUGGACAUGUGGCCAUUUUUGCGGGAUUCACAGAAGAUGUCAGUGCUGUUGCUCGGGGAUGGAAACACAACCCUGUCCAGUUUGAUAGUAUUUUUAACAGAUCGAGGGAAUCGUGGAUGUGGGGAAGUCCAGAUAUCGUCACACUUUUCGACAACUAUCCUACUGUGCACUCUUUCAUGUAUUCGAGCAGCGACGAGGACUUUGGGUCGAAUGAAGCCUAUAAACUUGAUGAAUGGGUUUUCGACCACGUCGAGAAGUUCUUCAACGAGACACAAAGCGACCCUGAGCUAAAACAACGUCUUAUGUCCGACAGGCUAGUAUUUUUCCUCCAUCUACUAGGCUUGGAUACGAAUGGGCAUGGGAAUAAACCACGUUCUCAGGAGUAUUUGGACAAUAUCGAAGUGGUUGAUCGGGGAAUUGAGCGGAUACAACAAGUCAUCAACGGAUUUUUCGAUGACAACUCCACAGCAUUCGUGAUGACGGCGGAUCACGGAAUGACGGAUUGGGGUUCUCAUGGAGCAGGAACUGAUGAAGAGGUCUUGACCCCAUUCGUCGCGUGGGGAGCAGGAGUGCAGAAAAGCGGCGUGACGAAUACUAUUUCCCAGGUGGAUCUCACACCAUUUCUUGCCGCUCUGAUUGGUGUGGCUGUGCCCGUGAACUCCAUGGGUGUACUUCCCACUCAAGCUCUUGACGUCUCACCGAACUAUUUAUUCAAAAGUAGUCUGGCGAAUUUUCUUCAGCUCAAAGAGCAGUUCAUGGUGUUGAGAGCCGAAAAAGCGAAACGUCUGUGGUUCCAAGAAUUUGACACAUUCGGUUUGAAAGCGUUGGAAUCCCUGGAAACAGAGAUAUUGAAGCUGGCAAAGCUGCGAAGGUUCGCUGCUGCUUCCUCAUUGUUUGUACAGAAUGCUCCUUACAUCAAAAAGGCGAUAUUCCACUAUCAUCGCUAUGAUCGUGCAUUCCUUGGAGCAGCUAUA